UACGAUUCUAUUAAGAAAAUAUAAUGAUAUGUAGGUUUUUAUUAAUUUAUUUAGUUUUAUUCUCUUUUAGAUUAUCAGUAUUAUAUGAUAUCCAGCUGCUUUGCCGUUGGUGGACUGAUCAAGUGAUACGAUUGUUAUAUAGUCAUUCUACACAUUUCCCUAAAGGUUGGAUGGCCACUCAAGGGAGAUGCGAUGAUAAUCCAUUAUGAUACAGCCUUCAUUCAUGUCGCUAUCCGUGGUCGUCGCAAUUACGCAAUGAUAAAUGAAAGAAACAUGAGCCUAGUGAAGAAACGCUAAAGUUCCAGAGGAAACCAUCAUUGAGUGAGGUACAUUAAUAUGGCCUUUAACACAAGCUUGAUGUCGAGGGAAGCUUCAAACAGGUCGGUGAAUGAGAGUUUUGGUUCUAUCCUUUCUUGUAGUCAAUACCGAGACAUCAGUAGAGACUCGACAGUGGUGAUAACUAUCAAGAUAACGGUUUAUGCAGUAGCUUUUGUGCUGGCAAUCAUUGGUAAUGCCACUGUACUGGCCAUCGUUUUUCGACGAAGCAGCUUCAAAACAACAACCAACUUUUUCAUCGCUAACCUAGCGAUAAGUGACAUUAUAAUGGCGGUUAUUUGCAUGCCAACGUCCAUGUUCAGUAUCGCAGCGAAGAAUAUAUCUCAUAGCUUGUUACAGGGCAUUGCUGGAAUUCUUAUCUGCAAGAUGCUGCCAUUUCUACAGGGACUGGCUAUCGCGGUAUCCAUUCUCACUAUGUUCACACUUGCUGCAGAUCGCUUCUUAGCUAUCGUGUUUCCCUUUCGGAAGAUUAUCACGAAACGACGAGCUAAAGCGUUGAUUGGAGGCCUGUGGGUUUUGGGGGUCAUUUUCAAUGCACCUUUAUUGUAUGCUAUGAAACUACAUGAAGAUGGUGAAGUCAGGCUAUGCUAUGAAGACUGGGAACCCCAUUUUGACGAUGACAGAGCUUCGAAAGAUUACACAAUAGUGUUAUUUGUAUUUCUCUACGCUAUUCCACUCGUCUUGGUGAUCGUUUUCUACUCCGCUCUUCUGCGCGAGCUUUGGAGGGGCAAGCAUCUUCAUCAUAACAAGACAGUUGCGUGUAAGGAGAACCAAGCGGUACUAAGAAUGAUUGUCACUGUCAUCGUCACCUUUGCAGUUUGUUGGCUUCCAGUUCACGUGACAGUCUUCAUUGCCCUAUUUACUGACGAUCAACUCAUUAAAAGGUGUGGUCUAAGCCCUAUCCUAGUUUUCAUUGGCUGGUUUAUGGGACACGUGAAUAGCGCUCUAAACCCCAUUAUCUACUUCAUCUACAACGAGAACUUUCGAAACGAAUUUUUUAAGCUACUUCAAGGAGUGAUGAGAGCGAUUUUGCGGAAAAAACCGAGAAUUGAAGAACGACCGUCUCUCUUGAAAACAAGAUUUACCUAUUACAAGACCUCUUCAUUGUACAAUGCUCUUAAAAGAAACUCUCGUUUGGAUGAAUCUGUGUAAAGUAAGAAAACACUUAAGAGCAAGCCAAUCAGGAUGUAAUCAUGUAUACUACUUGAUUCUACUCUUCUUCACAAAAGAACUUGUCCGUAUUGAAUUCAAAGUUGUCGAAAUGCAAGAGUGCUUUUAGUGCAAGAGAGUGGGAAACGACACGACAAAUACAUCAGUACCGUAUGUUUCCCACUCAUGAAUACGAUAACCAUCGUAUUCGCAUUUGAUCAUAUUCAUAUGUUAAUUUGCGCUUUAUAAAUAUUAAACAUUAUUAUUAUUAUUAACCAUUCUUAUGGGAAGCCCUUUUAGUAGUACGGCAUGUCGUACCGUGUACGUACUAUAAGUCAGUACCGUAUGUUUCCCACUCAUAAGAUAACCAUUCUUAUGGGAAGCCAUUUUAGUGGUACGGCAAGUCAGUACCCAAGUUUCCCCUUAAGCAAAAACCGCUUCAUUGCACGACAGGUGUGCAGUUGUUUUUCUUAACGAAUAAAAGCGAUAAAAAAGAUAGGGUCUUAGGAGUGCUCUAAGCUUAUAUCUAAAUGUACGCUAUGUCUUGACCUUCUUCCACCUAUCCUUGCUGAAUAAAACUACCUUCGCGCUAGCAUAAAAAAAAUUUGAAACUUACUUUCAAACUUGCCUUCAUGACAAAAUUUUAAAAUUUAGUCAUUUUUUUUAACUUAAGACUAAUUCUUUCACAUUGUCUUUAUAGAUACAGUAUGGCCUUGGCUUCACUAGAGUGCAAAACAUAUAUAUGUGAAAAUAACUUCGUAAGAAAUUGCAGAAAUUUGCACAAAUUAGUUAGUUCAGUAUAGGCCUCAAUAGAACAAAACUUUUCACUAAUUCGUACUAUUUUGUUAGAGAGAUUUUAUUUAACCCGUGAAAGAAAAGUGACUA